AAUAACAACAAAUCAGCCUGCCUGCGUGGAACAAAAUAUACAACAUUUGUACAAAAUGAACGAGUCUGAGAUACCCAUUGACAUCCAUACGCUGAAGCUGCAGGACUGGCUAAUCAGCCGAAGGAUUGUGCCCAAGAAUAUUCAACAGGAGAUCAAGGAAAUUCACAGCAAGAUCAGCAAUGCCCUCCAGGAUAUGCCGUCCAAUGAUCAGCUCAUUAAAUUAUUGGCCAACGCAAAUAUAAACUAUUAUCAUGUGAAGGAGAUAAUUGAAAUCCUCAAGCAAACGGAGAAGGAUACGAAGAGCGUGUUUGGCACCUACGGCAGUCAGCGGAUGAAAGACUGGCAGGAGAUUUGUCGUCUGUACGAAAAGAAUGCCACAUAUCUGGGGGAAACGGCUCAGAUCUUUGUGCGAAAUGUGAACUUUGAGAUUCCUGGGGUGCGAAAGCAAAUGACAAAGCUGGAACAACUCACCGAUGAAAGCCUGAAGAGAGCCCAAGACCUGCACAAGCCGGAGGGUCAGCUACUAUCAGAACAUGCCGCCCUACUCGAACAGCUAGGCGUGAAGGGAGAGAAUCUACACGCGGAAUUCCUAGAGGUUCUGGCUGGUCUGCCCGAACUCUACACCAAAUCCUUGCAGGAUAUUGGAAAGGUUCAGUAUGGCAUCGACUUGUACGCCGAGAUCAGUGGGCACAAGCAAUCGCUGCCCAUUCUUCGUCAUCUGGUUGAGUUUGGAAACACCACAGUCUAUCAGUACAUUCACAAGGAGGCACCCCUGGCCGUAGAGGAGCCGCCCAUAAGUCUGAACCUUAGCGUGGGCAUUGCUGCCAAGGAUGAUGCCGUUACCGAAAUUGACUUUGGAACGGAUGACAAUGGCGGAACCUCUUCCACCGUUUCGGCGGAAAUCAUUGAUUACGGUGACUUUGGGGGCGGGGAUCUGCCGGAGAGCGAGGGCGGUAAUAUCGAUUGGGGCAUUGAGAGUGCACCCACGGAUGCUGUGGAAAUCAACUUUGACAUUCCCGUCGAGGAGUACGGGAUCGUGGUGGAGGGCACUGGCAUGGAUGGUGGCACUGCUAAAGGUGACCAGGCCUAUACACUCCUCGAUUCGCCCAACUAUCGGGAUCGUUUUCUCGACGAGCUCUUCGAGCUGGAAUCGUUUCUACGCUUGCGCCUCUACGAGCUCAACCAGCUGGAGUCCUCCAGCAACAUAAUGUACUCGCUCAUGGACAGCAUUGCCACACACGACGCAGACAGCAUACAAAAGAUUCUCGGCUACAUAGAGAACAUCAUCCAGCAGACCUCCGAUGAGCGAACGCGCCAUCUAUUCCAGCUGAAGCAUUCGUCAAAAUAUGCGAAUCUGCUUGCCACCAAGCUGCAGCAGAUGACCAAGGCCGUGGAGAAGAUCCGAACCACGCGCGAGGUGCUCAAGCAGCGUGCCGUAGAUCUGCGGGAGCAGCGCCUGCACCUGAAUCCCGUCCUCGAGGAGCUGAUUGCCCAAACGCGUACGCUGCAGUCGCACAUCGAGAAGGAUAUAUCGAAGCGGUACAAGAAUCGGAUGGUUAAUCUAAUGGGAGGCGUCAACUAAACUAACCGAGUGACAAUUCAUGGAAUUAAUUGUUAAAUCGGAUUACUAAAUAAAUAUAAAUUAAAUGUUGGGCUGGGCAGAACAAA